UCGCAUAUACUGUACAGAUCGGAUUUUUCAUGCCCACGUGUGUUUUUGUCAGUCUUAAGUACUUUUGUGAAACGUGAUUCUUCGAAGAGUAUUAGAUUCAUUUUUCAUUUCAUACAAAAUAGUAAGAAUGUUUCGGCAGGUUAUCCCACGAAUAAUACCAAAUAUCCGAACAAAUGCAAUCCAACAAUCCGAAAGAAAACAAUUAUGUAUUGCUCCUAUUGAGAAUACGAAAAUAGAAAAAACUAUAAAUCAAGUUACACUACUAGGAAGAGCAGGAGGUAAUGCACAAAAAAGGGGUAAUGAUGAGCAUCCUGUUGUUAUAUUUUCUCUUGCCACACACAACAACUAUAGGUAUAGCAAUGGUGAUUUAAUGCAACGGACAGAGUGGCAUAGGAUAUGUGUUUUUAAACCAACUUUACGCGACACAGUUUUAAAUUAUUUGAAAAAAGGACAAAGGGUAUACGUAUUAGGAAAAAUAAGUUAUGGGGAAUUUAAAGACGAUGAUGGUACUACAAGGUCAAGUACUAGCAUAAUAGCAGAUGAUAUAAUAUUUUUCCAUUCUUAAACUAUUAUUAUCUCUAUAAAAAUCUCUUUUAUAUUCUAAAAUGUACGUAAAAUAUAUAAAGUUAAGCGUAACAGCAUA